UGUGAUGCGAGGAAGACUUUCAACAUUGCACACUGCACUCACAUUUGUGAAUCGGUGUAGGGGUAGUCGUGGCAGGGUCUAUGUGAAAUUCGUGGUCGCCGUUGACUCGCAGGUCUGGAUUGGUUAGGUUUACUAGAAAAUAUCAUGCAGGGUGAUAGCUUGCUACGUUGUACCUAAACCCGAACUUUAAUUCGGUGGUCCUCUGAAAGCGUUUCGUUUAUAUGGAGAAGGCGCAGAGCGUAGCGUUUUGGCACCCCAUAACUCUGUUAACUGGGAAAUGGUAACAUAUGAACCGCAUUGGAAGGAACAUGGUUGAGAGGACCAGUAAAUUUUUGUUGAUCGUUGUCGGAUCCGUCUGUUUCAUGCUGAUUUUGUACCAGUACGUGGCUCCGGGGGUGAUGAACUUCGGGUCCCCGCACGGGUACCUAGUAGAGGACGAUACGGAUAUCUUCCCGACUCCGGAUCCUCAUUACGUGAAGAAGUACUAUUUUCCGAUCAGGGACCUGGAGCGCACCGUGGAUUUCGAAAUCAAAGGGGAAGACGUGAUAGUAUUUCUUCAUAUCCAGAAAACAGGAGGCACUACUUUUGGAAGGCAUUUGGUCCAAAAUGUGAGACUCGAGGUGCCUUGCGAUUGCAGACCUGGACAGAAAAAGUGUACCUGUUACCGCCCGAACAGGAAAGAGACCUGGCUGUUUUCACGGUUCUCCACCGGCUGGAGUUGUGGGUUGCACGCAGACUGGACCGAGCUCACCAACUGCGUACCGGGGGUCCUCAACAAGAAGGAGAACAAAUUGAAAAACAUGAGGAAGUUCUACUACAUCACGCUCCUGCGGGACCCGGUGUCGCGCUACCUGAGCGAGUGGCGUCACGUGCAGCGCGGCGCCACCUGGAAGACGUCGCUGCACAUGUGCGACGGGCGCACGCCCACGCCCGAGGAGCUGCCCGCCUGCUACGAGGGCACGGACUGGUCGGGCUGCACGCUGCAGCAGUUCAUGGACUGCCCCUACAACCUGGCCAACAACCGGCAGGUGCGCAUGCUGGCCGACCUCAGCCUGGUGGGCUGCUACAACAUGUCCUUCGUUCCCGAGAAGAAGCGCGCCCAGAUCCUGCUGGAGUCGGCCAAGAAGAACCUGCGCGACAUGGCCUUCUUCGGCCUGACCGAGUUCCAGCGCAAGACGCAGUACCUGUUCGAGCGCACCUUCCGGCUCAAGUUCAUCCGGCCCUUCGUGCAGUACAACAGCACGCGGGCGGCCGGCGUGGACGUGGACAACGACACCAUCCUGCGCAUCGAGGAGCUCAACGAGCUGGACAUGCAGCUGUACGACUACGCCAAGGACCUCUUCCAGCAGCGCUACCAGUACAAGCGGCAGCUGGACCGCCGGGAGCAGCGGCUCCGGAACCAGGCCCAGUUCCCCCAGCCGCCGCGGGAGGAGGGUGCCGAGGAGGUGGCCCGGCUGCCCACCGAGGAUUACAUGAACCACAUCAUUAAUCGGUGGUAGCCCCCAACCCC